AUGCAACCACAUACGAUUGAAGAAGAGAUGUCGAUGGGUGACGACGGCAUCCAUAAAAUCAUGCCUGUCACCACAGAUUUGGUCUGUCUGCAAACCAGGUCUCAAAUCAAAUUCUUGAACCCAAAGACAACACAACUUAUAUCAAUUGAAUGGCCAUAUGAUGUCCCUCUCAGCAAUUGUGAAACAGCAUUUGGAGGGGAAUGGAAAAUACUUUGCAAUGUAUGUCCUCGCCUUGUACCUGAUGGAACCUGGUUUGAUAGAUUUGUGUACUGGCGUGUAGACAAACUAUCCUCUGAAAUAGCAACAUCUCAAGAGUUGCUGGUCGUGUUUGACUACCACACUCAUCAAUUCCAAACCAUAAACUGCCCUCAAUCUCCAAUCUUCUUUAACCCCACUGAUCCUUAUCAUAUGAAUCUCUAA